AGCCCUGCCUGUUCUCGGAGCUGCUUCUGUCCGCGGGGCGUCGAGCAGCGCGCGGCCGGCCGAAGAGGAGGGACCGCCGGGCGGCCACGGUUUAAAGCACGGUGUGUGAAGAGACACGAGCAGUCGGUCGGUGUGUGAAGAGACACGAGCAGUCGGUCGGUGUGUGAAGAGACACGAGCGUCGGUUUCUCAGAGCGACGUGUGUGAUGGACGGAGAGAGAGCACAGCGGACAGGAGAGCGCGCAGCAGCUAGCAUGGACCAAAAUGAUGUCAAGACACGUGAGCAUAGACUGGUACCCCACAGAGGCUUCACGCUGAUCAGCGGGACUCACGAUCCAAACGAUGUGGACCAGAUUUACAACCUGGAGAUCAGAGACUCGGACGUGUUUGUCGUCACAUACCCCAAAUCAGGCACCAUCUGGAUGCAGCAGAUCCUGCUGCUCCUCCAGGCCAAGGGAGACCUGGCAGCCAUCCGCCAGCUCAACAGCUACAGCAACGCGGACCUGGUCCCCUGGAUCGAGCUGAUUGGCAGCAGACAGGCGUUUAUCACGGCGCCGUCCCCCCGCCUUAGGGUCACCCAUCUGCAGUUCCACCUAAUGCCUGCUGCUCUGAGCCAGAAGAAGGGCAAGGUGAUCUACGUGGCAAGAAAUCCCAAAGAUGUCCUUGUGUCUUACUUCUACUUCCACAAGCUUGCAAACAUGUUGGAAACUCCGAAGGAUUUUGAUGACUUCUUUGAGAAAUUCCUGAGAGGAGACGUGUUUGGGUGCAGCUGGUUUGAGCACAUUAAGACUUGGUACUCACACAAGGAUGAUAUGAACAUGCUGUUCAUCACUUAUGAAGAAAUGAUUCAAGACCUGCAGUCGGCCGUGGAGAGGAUCUGUGUGUUCCUGGGCACCGAGCUGAGUGCUGAGCAGCUGGCCAGCGUGGUGGAACACAGCACCUUCUGCAACAUGAAGAAGAUCCCUCAGGCCAACUACGAGCAGGUGUCAGGGGAGCUGCUCAGCCACCAGCAGGGGGCCUUCAUGAGGAAAGGCACCAUCGGGGACUGGAAGACUCACUUCACCGUGGCCCAGAACGAGAGGUUUGACGAGCUCUUCCACAGGGAGAUGGGGGACAUUCCCCUGCAUUUCAUCUGGGACAUCAGGGACAUUGAGUGAUCAGCUGUUGGUCUCAUGGCAACACAAAGACGAAGACUCCAUGAACACGGUGCUACAGGGAAACAUUGUUCCUGUCCGCUUCUCUUUCCUUCUGCCUCAGCAGCGUCUGCUCAUCUAGCCACUGUAUCCUUGCUUCAGCCACUGCUUGAACACUUGAAAAGCUCUGCAAAGCCUCAUUGAGGACAGCACAUGCAGUCAUUUUGACAGAGGACAGUCUUUACAGAUCUGUUGUGAUGUCAGUGCGAGCCCUGUUGUCUCUAACUGCAGCAUCAGUCUGCAGAGAACGUCCCGCUGCAGCUAGUCCCUCAAGAUCUUUCUGUUUUUGUCAGUGGAGCCUGGUAAUGCAGCGCACACCCUUUAACUCAUUCUUCACUCAGAACCAUUACUAAAGUGAGCUUUGUGUUCAUACAUCAAGCAGUUUUAACUUUCACGCUGUAGGGAAAAGGAUUGUUCUCUGGCUGCUCCAGUAGUCUGUAGGCCGACAGAGGAUCCCUUUUCAGAUGGAACGACUAGCUGGAGUUACACUCCAUUGCUUUAAAAGAUGGCAUAUUUAUGAAUUACAUUCUCUGCAAUGAUGGUUGUUAAACAACUUCACAACAUCAAAAUGUCUGUUCCAUUGAGAGACCCCUAGCUGAAGAAAAGGAUGUUUUAUUAUAAAGUUCAUGUAUAAGAAAUACAGAUCAGAAUGCAACUUGACUGUU